AUGGAAGUGGAGAGGCGUUACGUGGAGAAGUUCUGGAAGGAGGUGAGGGUGGGAGACUUCAUCCGGCUGCGCUGUAACGAGAUCCUCCCCGCCGACGUCCUGCUGCUCAGCUCCAGCGACCCGGACCGCCUCUGUCACAUCGAGACGGCCACGCUGGACGGAGAGACCAACCUGAAGCAGAGGCAGGUGGUGCGCAGCUUCCUGGACCUGGAUUGUGAUUUCGACCCCCUGAAGUACAACGGCAUCAUUGAAUGUGAAAAACCAAACAACGACCUGAACAGAUUCAGAGGCUACAUAGUCCAUCGCAGUGGCCGGAGAGAUGCACUUUACAAAGAGAACCUGCUGCUGAGAGGCUGCACCAUCAGAAACACAGAGGAGGCCGUGGGGAUCAUUAUUUACGCAGGUCACGAAACCAAAGCCAUGCUUAACAACAACGGGCCGCGAUACAAACGCAGCAAACUGGAGCGUCAGAUGAACGUGCACGUGUUCUGGUGCGUCAUCAUCCUGCUGGUCAUGUGCCUGUUCACUGCGAUCG